AUGGUUGUGCCCUUUGGAAUCUCGGUUGGAGAUUUCAUCGCCGUUGGUAAAUUAGCCCUUGAGAUCGCGACUGCCUUGAGCGACUGCAGAGGUGCGGCUGCCGAUUACAAGGGCCUGAUUGACCUGCUCAAGUCUCUUGAAAUCUCUCUGAACUCCAUUACUAACUUUCUGUCGAGUUCAUCCCUGGGUGAAACGUCGAAUGUUGAUCAGGCGUUCAUGAAUGGCGUCCUCUUCCACGCCGGCCGAUGCCACACACUACUGAGCCAAUUCAAGCUGGAUUCUCGAAAGUAUACCGAGAGACUUAUCAACGGACAAGGAAACAAGGCGCAGAAAACCUUCAGGAAACUGAAGUGGUCCCUCUACAGUACCGAAGACGCUCGAAAGUUGCAGCAACGACUGUCCCUGCAUCUCGAAGCAUUUGACCGAUAUUUACUUGCAGUCAAUAUCCAACUGGGAGCACAGUCAAGCCACCAAGAAGCACAAUCUACGCAACGUCUUCAAGGUCAGAUUGGACACUUCUCGUCCACUCUGACUGAGAUUGUCCAAAUCGUCCAGACGAUACAGCUGAACAUGCCCAAAUGUCUUGGGUAUCCGUGGGAAGCCGACGUCGCUUCUUCUCACGUGUAUCUCCAAGAUGUCCUGGGCCGGUCCACGAUACUGCCUGCUGUCCUUUGUCGUACUUUCAACACGUUUCACGAUACCUUGAAGAUAAUGUUCUCCGACCACCCUGGAUUCAAGGAAGUGGUCCGGGGAGAUUUUGAGAUCAUAGAUGAGACCAUUGGCUUACCGAUCUUUUUGGGGCGUGCCCUCCCGACAAUUCUGGGACGUGGGAUUGCAUCGGCUCGCGAACAGGAUUCUCUGACUCGAGAAUGGGUUAAACCGGGAUCUAGACUCUCAAUGAGCAUAGUGAACACAGUGCUUGUGAGACAACGGUCCACGCCCAUGGACUCUUCGAGCGAUUUUUUUCAAACAGACGAAGAAUGUCCGAAUUGCGGGCGGUUCCAGACCGUGGGUCGAAGGCUCAAUAAAUGGUAA